AUGUAUCAAAAUGGCAAAGGAGGACGCGGAGACGUGCAUGGACAUGCUGGAUCUAGCCUGGGCCUCAUCGAUAUCGCCACCAUGAGUGAUAUAGUUCAAUGGCCGACUUCACUUCCCGAUCAUAACGAGUGGGAUGAAGACCUCGGCCUACACCCAAAGGACAAGAGAAGCAAGACGAAUAUUGUUCUAGAAGCAGACGAGCGGAUCCCGAUAUACAGGCUUGUCUCGGGAACAGCAUGGACAUUCUCGAAUAUGUUUCGCCGGCACCUUAGCCCUUUGGAUAAGCGUGCUGCCAAAGAGUUCAAGAUAUGUUCGGACAAUAUCUUCGAGCGGAGAGAAGAAGGCAAAUGUUCAACUAAGAGACAAGCUUUCACCAUCUACGUUGUAUACACAUCCGAUAAAUUACGUGAUUCCAAAUUCGUCAGGAAGAACUUCUCAUUCGGACUGGGGUUCCUGGUUGAAACCUCCACUGGAAGGCAAAUGACGAGGUCAAUAGUAAAGAUGAUAAAAGUGACGAGGACACUCGAUCGGAGACUUAGGUUCUCCAAUCAAUGGUUGAUGGGAUAUGGAAAACAUGAGAGAUUUCUCGAACAGCCUUCUGUUUUACAGAUUAUAGCACAGUCCUGGCUCGAUCGAUGGCCAGCCGCGAGAUUCUGGACUAAGCAGCUCACCAAAGCACCGCUCGAUGAUAUUGUCAGAUUUCCGCCACCCUCAUUGCUCUGUCACGGGGAGCAGUACAAGGACCAUUACAACAAUCAGCCAAGCAUCAGCAAUGUAUCAUGGACGUUUACAUCCGUCGAACUGCCCCUCGAACUUUCGCCCGGAAAUGUCGCAAGCAUCGUCAACUGGGUCUCGCCUUGCCGUCUACUCAAAAGACGAACAUUCGAAAGGGCACUACCUCGUCCCUUCAACACGUUGUAUUAG